AUGAAAGUGAAUAUUUGUUAUUUUAUAAUAAGUUUAUGCUACGCUACAGAAUGGAUAAAAGAUAUUGAAACUUAGCGUCUUUAUUUGUGUGAUAAAGUAGUAGGCAUAUUUUACGACUCAAACAAAGAUUAGAUUUUUGGUUAUUUUUCUGAAUAUGAGGAGUCUUCGAAACAAGAUCUUGUGCUAAAUCACUUUUUUUAUAUGAUGAAUAAUUGCAUGCAAGAGAUAAGAUUAAGGUAUCCAGACUCUACAAUAGAUGAGUCACUGGUACAAUAAAUUGAUUGGUUACAGUUGAUUAAGCCUGAAUAAUUUAUUUUUGAUUAGCGUGACUUAAGUUAGUUGUCAUUGGAUGAAAUUGAAAUCAAGGGUAGAAUGUACACAGAGAAAUAACAUGUAUUAUUUUAGAUUAUGAUUAGAUAUUAGAAGAUUAUGAGAGAAACUAGAAUAGUUUUACAAAAUUCUUGAGAUCGUACAAUCUAACAGAGAAAUCAAUAUCAAUAUAUGCAAUAGUUAUAAUAAUGUCUAUUUUCAUUUACAAUUUUGUCAAAGGUAACUGUAACAUUAGAUAGUAUGAUAGCAAUGAAAUUUAUUAUACAGGAACAUAUUAAAGAAGAAGAACAACGUAAGAAAAAGAAAAAGAUGAAGAUUAGUUGA